GACGCUUGUCUCCGGCGCCGAGCUAGAGCCUAGCGGUCAUGCAGUACACCGGGAGCCAGUAUUUUGGGGAAUAUGUGCAUGGGAGGAUGGAGGGAAAGGCCGAAUACAUCCUCCCCACGGAAACGAGAUACGUCGGGGACAUGAAGGACGGCAUGUUCCAUGGCAAGGGAACCCUGUUCUUCCCCAACGGGAGACGCUACAGUGCCACCUGGGAGAAGGGACUGGUCAUCGAGGGCACCUACACCUUCGAGGACGGCCUGAAGUAUAAGGACAAGUUCUGGCAUUACUGUGACGGCUACGAUCGGAGGUUUUACACCGAGAUCCGCAAAGGCUUGAAGCCAGCAGGUAUCUGUCAGCUCACCAACAUGGACCCGCCCAGGAAAGUCCCUCUCGGCCUUUACGACUGCGGGGAUGGCUUCUACAACCCGACCACGAGAAUCAUCAAGGACUACAAGAACCGCUUCCUGAGAAACGCAGAUGACGAUGAGCACGAGUGGAUCACCCGCACCUGUCGGAAAGGCUGGGACGAGAGCAAGCCCACCUGGUCCGAGAUGUGA